UCCAUCAUCUGAAGGUCUCCUGCCUCUCUUACAGUGCUUGUUGUGGUGAUUGUGAUUAACAUGCACGCUCCCAAGAGUGUGUAGUUUGAAGUGUCAAAAGUAGUGUUUAUUGUGUGUGUGUGUGUGCGUGUGUGUAUACUUAAAGCACAGAGAUGGGCUCAGUGGGCGCGGAGCGCCGCAGGCCCACGCCCGUCCUGACGCCCGAGGAGAGGGAUGUAUGGAGGGAUGGAGGAAGAGGUGGAUGGAGGGAUGUGGGGAGGGAGGGAUUGAGAGAGGGAAGAGAGAGCGGGGUGGUGCAGAGCUACAGCUUCGACUCGUUCCAGCUGGAGGAGGAGGAGAUCAGUAAAGACGCCCCAGAGCGAGGAGUGCUGGCUCUGUCCGAGCCCGACUUUGAGGAGCCGAUCCCUGACGACCGUUACCAUGGCAUCUACUUUGCAAUGCUAUUGGCUGGAGUGGGUUUCCUGCUUCCCUACAACAGUUUCAUUACUGAUGUGGACUACCUGCACCAUAAGUUUAAAGGGACGUCUAUAGUGUUCGACAUGAGCCUGACGUACAUCCUGGUGGCUCUGUUGGCCGUCAUCCUCAACAAUGUGCUGGUGGAGAGACUCAGCAUGCACACCAGAAUCACUGUGGGUUACAUCUUAGCUCUCGGGCCGCUGGUCUUUGUCAGUGUGUUUGAUGUGUGGCUGGCGAAGUUCACCACCAGGCAGGCUUACAUCGUCAACCUCGUGUCAGUGGGAGUGGUGGCCUUCGGGUGUACAGUGCAGCAGUCCAGUUUCUAUGGUUACAUGGGGAUGCUGCCCAAGAGGUACACACAGGGGGUGAUGACUGGAGAGAGUACAGCAGGGGUGAUCAUCUCCCUGUCUCGCAUCUUCACCAAGCUGCUGAUCACCGACGAGAGGAGGAACACGCUCAUCUUCUUCCUCAUCUCCAUCAGCAUGGAGAUGCUCUGCUUCCUGCUUCACCUGCUGGUGCGCCGCUCCCGAUUUGUCCGCUACUACACCAGCCACUCGCAGGGCAAAGGUCCGGGCAGAUGUCACGACCCGCGCGACAACGGGACUGGAUACCGGGUUCACCAUGAUGUCACCGCAGAGGAAGGAAAUGGUGGGACCGGACCGUCCUCUGCAGAGGAAGGUGUUGAGGACAAUGUGGGUGGGACGUAUGUGCGAUUUGACGCCCCGAAAGCCAGGAUAAGGAAGAGCUGGCCCGGCGUCCGAGACAUGAUCUUGCAUCGUUACGUGGUGUCCCGUGUGAUCUGGGCCUACAUGCUGUCCAUAGCAGUCACCUACAGCAUCACUCUGUGUCUGUUCCCCGGGCUGGAGUCAGAGAUACGAAACGCCACCUUAGGCGAAUGGCUUCCCAUCCUCAUCAUGGCCACAUUCAACAUGUCAGACUUUGUUGGCAAGAUCCUGGCUGCGCUGCCGUACGACUGGUCUGGAGGCCGUCUGCUCUUCUUCUCCUGUCUGAGGGUGGUCUUCAUCCCUCUCUUUGUCAUGUGCGUCUACCCGGCCAGGGCCCCCACCCUGUCCCACCCUGCCUGGCCCUGUCUCUUCUCCCUCCUCAUGGGAGUCACCAACGGGUACUUCGGGUCGGUGCCGAUGAUCCAGGCUGCUGGCAAAGUACCGCCCGAACAGAGGGAGCUGGCGGGCAACACCAUGACUGUCUCCUACAUGACAGGCUUGAUGGUGGGCUCAGUUGUGGCUUACGCAGCUUACAGCUUCACAGCCGACAUACACUGCACUCCGUCCACACUCAGCAUACACCCACUCGCCAACGCUACUGGGUAUUGAAUGUCCACACACAACAAAACACACACAAACACGCAUACAGUACAUCUACACACACAUGCAGCCUUUUACACACAAGAUUCUGGUCAGGAGAAGCAGCACAGACUGAUGGAUUCCAGUCCAGCUGCAGAGGACGAGAAGACAUCUGUAAAGAACUCUUUAAAGGUUCAUGUUUAUACUCUGAGAUUUCAUUGGUUAAAGAAAGGGGAAUAAGAAAUUUAAAAAAAAUGGGAUUUAGUAGUGGAGGAAAUGAUGUUAAACAGUAAAAACGUAGCAGAUUUCUCCACUCUCUCGUUCUCCAGCCUGGUGGUCUAGUGACCUUCAAACGUCUCGACUGCUGUGAUGAACUUUUCCCUGGAGGUAAAGAACGGGAGCUCAGCUGGGCCAACAGAAGCCCUUUGAGUGUCUCACAGUGAAAUUAUUGUCUGCAUGUGUGUGCGAACAGAGCGGCUGGCAUUUGUACAGUAUAAAGUCAAGUGAUGUUUUGCUGCAGAGAGCGAGGGAAACCUUGUGUCAUAGGUCACAUAUGUAACUGUUGAUGUCCAGAAUAGCGAUGUGAUGUCAGUGCAGAGUUUUCUGGACCAGUUAUUUCAGCUGUUUCCUUGUAAUAAUCUUCAGUGAGAUCCAUCCAUGGGAAUUUGAUUCGUGUAAUGUUAUUGAAAUCCUCUGACCACGCCGUUAAAAACUACAACUUAAGAGGAAGCCCAACUUAAUUCACAUUAAAACAGAAGUUAGCACGUUUUUAGCUCCUGUGAUGUACAAGGGAAUAUGUGAAUAUAUAUGUGUAAGAGGGAUUUAAAUAAUUGAAAAUGCCAACCUGACCCACCGUAAUUGCUCUGCUAGCGUCCCCGACCCACAUGCUAAUGGUCAAGUGUGGUUUUACCUAAACCCCAAUCCAAUUUGAUUGGAUAAAUGUGUGUAUAGGGUAACAACUCUAAUGUUAUACAGGACGAGAAAGGAGGGGGAAUUUGAUAUAAUAACGCUGUUAAUGAUCUCUUGACAUGUAUUUAGCUUAUAAGAAGUGACUGCGAGACAGAAUUGGAACUUGGAAAAUGUAUUUUUUGUUUUACCGUGCCUUAAAAGGAAUUAGUUUUUCAUUAAUUACAUACACGCGUCAUACAACUUACAAGAUACUGUGAA